AUGGCCGAUUCGUCAUCCCACCGACUCGACCUCCGCGUAGGAGGUAAGUAUCGCCUCGGCAAGAAGAUCGGUUCGGGCUCGUUCGGUGAUAUCUACCUCGGAAUCAACAUCAUCUCUGGGGAGGAGGUCGCCAUCAAGCUCGAGUCAGUCAAGGCGAAACACCCUCAACUCGAGUACGAGUCAAAGGUCUACAAGACCCUGGCUGGCGGUGUCGGUGUUCCCUUUGUCCGUUGGUUCGGUACUGAAUGCGACUACAAUGCGAUGGUUAUCGAUCUCCUCGGGCCCUCGCUCGAGGAUCUCUUCAACUUCUGCAACCGCAAGUUCAGCCUCAAGACCGUCCUUCUCCUCGCCGAUCAACUCAUCUCGCGCAUCGAGUACAUCCACUCCCGCAACUUCAUCCACCGUGACAUCAAGCCCGACAACUUCUUGAUGGGUAUCGGUAAGCGCGGCAACCAGGUCAACGUCAUCGAUUUCGGUCUCGCCAAGAAGUACCGUGACCCCAAGACCCAUCUCCACAUUCCCUACAGGGAGAACAAGAACUUGACCGGUACGGCCCGCUACACGUCCAUCAACACCCACUUGGGUGUCGAGCAGGCCCGCCGCGAUGACUUGGAGUCGCUCGCCUACGUUCUUAUGUACUUCCUGCGCGGCGCCCUUCCCUGGCAGGGUCUCAAGGCUGCCACUAAGAAGCAGAAGUACGACCGCAUCAUGGAGAAGAAGAUGACGACGCCCACCGACCUUCUUUGCCGCGGCUUCCCUCACGAGUUCGGCAUCUUCCUCAACUACACUCGUGCUCUCCGCUUCGACGACAAGCCCGACUACUCCUACCUCCGCAAGCUCUUCCGCGACCUGUUCGUCCGCGAGGGCUUCCAGUACGACUACGUCUUCGACUGGAGUGUCCAGCGUGGAGCUCAGGAUGAUUCUUCUGCGGGUGCCAGUUCUAAAGCCGCUGGCGGCAGGAGGAAGGUCGUGCAAGAGGAGGAAGGAGGAAAUGACCGCCCCAGCGACAGACAGUGA